UAACUGUUAGUUUCGCUUGUACUUCCCGCUACACAACAGCGUUUAAACCUUUAAAUUUGGAUAACAAUGCGGAAGCGGAGGAACGCUAAUAAAGCGCAAAUAUGCUGGAUAAAACACUUUGGAAAUAUUGUUAAUGAGUGCAGUUCGUGUGUUGGAGUUUUGAAAUUACCUUCCGCAACAAAAACAUUUUUCAGUUCUGCAAACGUUGUAAGAAAAAGGUUAUUAAAGCGGUACCAUUAUUCCAAAAAGCGAAGAAAAUUUCAAGUUGAAAAUGUAUUUGUUCUCAUUCCUUUUAUUCUCCUCGUCAUAACUGCAAGUUUAGCAUUAUUUGUGACACAUGUGUUGAAUCAGGAACAAGAGUCAUUUUUCAGGAAACAAAUUACAGAAUUUUCAGUACCAUGUGAAGAUCUCUCCCUGAGUGCGGAUGAAGAUUUCUUUACGUUUGAUGUGAGAAAUGGUGAUUUGAGAACUUAUGUAGAUGACGAAGGAAAAUACAUAUGCAGCAAAAGGAACAUACCAGAAACGAUUAAAAAGGUCGUUGAAAGAAAAGCCAGACAUCAACUAGCAAAAGGUUUAGAUGAACAAUACCUUUCCUGUGGAAAUAAAACCUUAGCGGAAAAAUCUGGAUAUCUGAAUGUUUUCUUUACGGAGGUAUCAAAACAUCAGAAAUACUUAGAUGAAAGUUCUGAUCUAAAACUUCAAUGGAACAAUCAUUCAGGAAAAUACCAUAUUGAUCCUUCAGUCCAUUACGAUGAUGGCGAGGUGACUAUACCUGAAGGACGGACAUACUUCGUGUACGCAUCUGUACAUUUCAAUAUAAGCCACCAGGAAAACAUUGGGAUCAAGAAAUUUGCAAGACCGCAAAGAAUUUCAAUCCGAAUUUGCAAGAGCGUUUAUGGAUACGAGCGAACGCUACUUGGAAGAACACAGUUGUUCAAUAUGACCAACACUGAAAACGUUGUGUCAAGUUUAAGUAUCGGAAGUCAUUUGGAAUUGUCACGAGAUGAUACGAUUUACGUCCGUAACAUCUUCGAAGCAAAGUAUAUAUCGCUAGCCGAAAAUUUUGACAUUAGAGCAUAACGGCAUUACUGCGUAUGUUCUUUCAGUUUCGUACUAAACAGUUGAAAAAAUGGCUGUAGCAUACUGGCGGAUUCAAAUUGUUCUCUCAAUUUCUUUUAGCUCUGUUGAGCAUUUUCUAUUUAUAUCAUCGAAAUACUAGUAUCCUGCUGAAAUCACAUGACAAAUCUAUGUCUGACAUUUUUGUAGCAGUUUCGAUGUGAAGUAGUUGCACUAUAGAAUUUGUCAUGGAAACAUAGGUUAAACGCCACCGAUACGAUUUCAGUUCUCACGUUGAGCUGAUUUUAGAGUCACAUGUAAUUGUUUAACUGAACAUGAUUUUCUAACAUGACUCUCAAUGUUCCUUUCAUUUUUGUUAAACACAGACGAUGUUCUUCUAAAGCUAUAAAUUAUAGAGAGUUAAAAAUGGUCAUGAUGUAUUUUGUAGCCCAUGUGAACUUUAUAAAGAAUAAAAGGACAGCUAUUUAGGGUG